UUGUCUCUCUUUUUGGCGCUCGAAGUUGAAGAAAUAGAAACCCCAGAAAAAUGGGGAAAUCCACGAGAAUGAUCGAUGUGGAGAAGUUGAUAUCUUAUAGUGACGAUCUGAUGGAGGUGUUGAAGGACAGAAGGGACAUUACCAACGUAACACAGUGUUUCCAGCACUUUAACGAUCUCCGCUCGCAUUGCGACUCUGAUUCCAAAGAGGUUCAUCGAUUGCUUCAAGAAUAUGAAGCAAUGAUCGAAGCUUGCAAGAAGAAAACAGAGAAGGCGAAGUCUGAAGUUGUCGAUGGUGCUGAAAUGGAUUAUCUGCAGAAGGAAUUCCAAGAGGAAUUUGAAAAAGAAAGUCAACUUAAGGAGGAGUUUAGGGCUAUUUGCAAUGAGAUAAUGGAGCUGGAGCGUCAGAGGGGUUCGAUCGAAGAACAGAAGAAAAAGCUAAGGAAAUUUGAGCAAGACAAACUCAAAGAACAGAGAAAGCUUUCGAUGUAUGCAUCUAUAACUAAUAUUAUUCCAGACUUGAAAGACCAAUCCAAAAUCUCAGGCCAUGUAGUGGGUAGAGAUAAAAAGGUGGUUAAGAAGUUUGAAUUUGACCCAUCAAAUAUGACUGCUUGUGAUAGCCUAUGGAAGAUGAUAAAUUCCCAAUAGCCAUUGCUUAUACUUUCUCUUGGAUGAUAUAUGCAACAAAAUAUGCAAUGUUAUGUGUUUCUAAUGCCUCUACCCAAACAUUUUCCAUGACUAAAUGCUUGAUAUUAUGUGUAAUAGAUGAUUUUAGUUCUU